AUGCAAAUCUAAAACAUGAUGACUGCCAUAUCACAUCCUCCAGGUUUAUUUUCACUUGACUGAACGACGCAGCACUUGAACCAGGCCGUAAAGUCAUCAGCUAAGAAGGAUGCUCAGGAUGCUCAGGAUGCUCAUGGAUGCUCUACGUAAAAACAUGUGGAUAUGGGUGAUCGUCGGGAUGAUCUUUGUGAGUGUGGUGAUCAGCGUCAUCUUCAUUCUCAUCAACAGGUGCAUAUCAAGAAGAGGUUUGUAGCCAGGCGAAGAUUCAUGAGCCCACAUCUUCUCAACAGAAGAUCUGACGACACUAACAGCAGCAACAAAUACCAGGAGAGGAACUUCAAAGCCAUCACCCCACCUUUACCUCCUCGGACACAGUUCAACACAGCAGAGGCUCAAAGCUAUGAAAAUCUGGCUGAGGUACCGGACUACGUUCAGACCGUGCCGGACUACGAGCAGGACAAGCCGGACUACGUUCAGGCCGUAUCGGACUACGAGCAGAGCAUGCCGGACUACGAGCAGAGCGUGCCGGACUACGAGCAGAGCAUGCCGGACUACGAGCAGAGCAUGCCGGACUACGAGCAGAGCAUGCCGGACUACGAGCAGAGCAUGCCGGACUAUGAGAGCAUAGAUGAGCCGCCUGAUUAUCUGAAGCUAGAGAGCGAGGUGGCCAUGCUUCCUCCUCCACCAUAUGAGGAUCCAGAUGCAGCUGCAGAAACUUCCUCCACAGAGGACUACGAUGACAUCGAUGACAUCGAAGGGGGGGUUGAAAACCAGGAUGAUGAAGAGGACUACGAUGAUGUGGGAUAAGCCUGCGAGGGUGCAGGAGGGAGAUUGUUCUAAUAGACACUUUUGACUUUUCUUAUCUGGAUGCUGCUGAGCAGAGAGAUCAGAACGACUUUAUCUUUCCUCACAUUUCCUAUCAUCCAUUUCUGUUUAUAAAUAAAUACAAAACAGCAGGAGAUAUUGUUAUGUAUUGUGUACCAGCUUAGAGAAGAAAGAAUUGUUGUAAACAAAAAUGUUUAUACAACACUUAGUUCCAACCGAGUCAUCUGAUUGGAUGGGAGGCAUCAAUGAGUGCUGAUCAUAGGUUAUUCAAAAACAUUGGAUGUAGUCUCAGGGUGGUUUCAUUUUAGGGACCUGGAUCUGAGUACACUUGACCCCAAAGGUCCGGUUCCUUUGAUCAGUGUGACCACUAAAGUACCGUACUCGAGCACCAGUACACUCCACAUACAUGCUGUCCAUGUUGUGUAUCUGUGCUUGUGCUCGUGCAUGAACUGUACAGUGCCGAAGCACACCUCUUCUAAGCGUUCCAGGACCAAGGAAGUGUAGAUCGGAGCACUCACACUGAUCAAAAGAACUGGAUUUUAGGGGUGAAGCGUGCUUGGGCACGGUACGGAUGGCCAGUGUGACCGCGCCCUUAGACAGGGUAAGGAUUGCCAAGUGUGAGUGCUCCCUUAAAACAUUUGAUUUGACACAAAAUAAGAAAACUGAGAAAAUGGCAAACAUAAAAGACUUUGUACAUAUUUUUUAUCCAUUAGUAAAGAAACUCUGCAUCUUAGUGAUCUAUGUUACAUUUUACAGAAUAAAAAAUGUAUUUGCAGGUUUGACGUUUUACUUAUAAAAACUCUCGGCUACCUAACGUUGGUGGUCACUCACUUUAUAUCAUGUUUUAUAAUGUUUCUGUUUUUAAUCCAGAUAUUUGAAAGACUUCUUUAUUUACAUUUUUCCAGAUCCUUCUCACAGUCAGAGCGGCAGAAACUUGAUGUGUUUGACCCAUUUCAAUAAAAACUGUACAACAAAAA